UAUCACAUGUAUUCAUCCCGUUUCCCGUAAACAAAAACAUAACCUUACUUAAUGUGUUUGGUAGUGAAGAUACAGUGCAACAUUUAUUAAUUACUUUAUGACUGGAGACUUUUCACCUUAAGGAGUGGGGACUCAAAUUAAUAUAAUUUGAUAACAGGGAGUAUAAAAACUUCAAGUUUUCAUGCUCUGGUAUCAAUGAUAGUUCUUCUUUCUUGAAUAAUAACUCUGCAUUUUAUUUCUUCCGUAUCAGUGUCACGCGACUAAAUAAAAAUGCAUGCUGGAUUUUUAUUUUUCCUACUCAUUGGAGUCCUAGCAAGUGCUUUGAUAAGUACCAAUGCUCAAAGCUCAGCGCAAAGUGGUAGCGCAUCACAAAGUUCUAGCUCAUCUUCAAGUGGUAGCUCAUCUCAAAGUGGUAGCAAUCAAGAUGUCAGCAGACCAAAUACAAAUCGUCUAACUAAUAAUGAAAAAAACAGAAUUCUAGCUUCAGGAUUUUUCCACCAAGGCAGCAGACAAGUAGAUCUUGGUACCGUCUUCCUAAUUGCACUAUUCGAGAAGUACCCAGAGUACAAAGAACAAUUCGCAAGAUUUAAGGACAUACCAAACUAUUGUCUGCUGAAUAAUAAAGAAUUCAGACAAGUAUCAUCUAGUUACACUGCUGCAUUAAACGAUCUUGUCCGUUCUGUUCUUUUGGAAGAUAUUAGCAAUGUAGAACUUUGGAGACGUUGGCCAUGCCCCCUUGCACCAUCAGGUUACAGUCAACAGGAUAAGAACGUUGUCCAAGACGUUUUCAUCAGUACUCAGGUUUGCAACCAGAACAACUUCAAUCAAGCUGAUGUCGAUGUCUGGAACAAAGCCUGGAGCAUUAUUUGGAGUAAUUACGUUGCAGGUGCCCGUGAAGCACAGGGUCUUUCACAAUAAAAUCGCAAAUAAUUUAAUUAUUUUCUGGAAAAAAGUUAUCUAAAGCAUAUAUUUAAUAUUCAUAUUUAACCUGUUUCAGUAAUUGUAAUAUUAUUGCCUCAAAUUUGCCCAGAUGUUUUAUAUGUAAUAUCAAUAUAUGUAAAGAGUACAGAAA